AUGACCACUUCUGGUUUUUCCGAUACAAAUAUGACAAGAAUCUGCUAUUUGUUGAUGAGCUUCGCUCUUCUUGUGGCGGUAACUGCACACGAAACUCCACAACAAGUGGUGACUAGAUACAACAAUUACAAGGCGAUAUGCAAUGGAAUGGGUUAUGAAAAUGUGCGCUGCAAAGAUCCGAUUGCUUUCCAAUCUUCACUUACAAAGCAAUUGGAAAACAUGAAGAACCAAGAGACUGUGAUCUUUGAUAAAGUUUCGUUAAACGAAGGAAACGCUUACGACAAGACCUCCGGAAUAUUUACAGCUCCUUUGGACGGAAUUUAUUCCUUUACAUGGACAAUAUUAACAACAGCUGGAAAAUAUUUCCUCACUGAAAUUGUGCUGAAUGGCAAAAAAGUUGUAUUAAAUCAUACCGAUGGAAGGGGUCACAAUGGAGGUCCUAUGUCAACCUCACAUGCUAACAUCAAAAUGAAGAAAGGCGAUAAGGUCUGGAUCAGGACCCAUUCCACCUCUGGGCUGUUUGCCCAUGCAAAUUGGUGUUUCUUUUCUGGUUCAAAAUUGUAGCACAUCUCUAACGAUACCAAAAUAAAGCACUUGCAGCUUAACACAUACAAUUGUUUUGUAUUUUUUAAAUGCAAGAUAUAUAGUCUUAUAAUGCAUAGAAAUGUGUGUGCCGACCAAACAAUAUACGAAA